CUACUGUUGGAGUGCCGUUUUUAUAUGGUUUAAGGCUGUCUAGCCAACCUUGUCAGAAAGAAAAACAAUGUUCUCUUUUGCAGCAAAGGAAAAGCACAAGAAGUAAAAGAAACUUGCACUCGUUGUUAAUUGGGCUAGCGUGCUGAACCCGAAAUCAAAGUGAAGGGAAGCUGCUGAAACUCACCUGAUUCUGUGACAUUCUAAGAUGCCUUCAAAACAUUCUGCACACCUCCUAAGUCAGUCUUUAGAGCUUGGUGAGUUUCACUAGAUGUCGACAGUCUUCAUUUUGAACUCAGGACUAAAAACUCUGGGUAGAGUACAGCCAUCAACAAUCUGAAGACCAAAAAGUAAACAGUAGCAAGACAGAUUGAGAAGGGAAGUCCAGACUUGAAGAAUAACUGUGUCGUGCUUUCUUACACAUAGCCAGAAGAACCACUCAGACUGCUUCAAACUCAGGGGCAUCUAAGAACCUCUUAGUACUAGACAAUUGAAAGCAAAAAGACAACUUCUGAGAUUGAUGGUCGGUCGUAUAGAAGAAGCCCUUGAACCCAUAGUAUUGUGAAAAAUCAGUUCAAAAGAUCCAAAAAUACAAAAGGAGAAGUACCAAUGUCUACCACAAGACGAAAACGUAUUAUGUUAUGCUGUUUACCGUAAGCUGUAGUAAAAUGAGCUCGAUUGUUGACAGAGAUGACAAUAGUAUUUUUGAUGGGUUGGUGGAAGAAGAUGACAAGGACAAAGCCAAAAGGGUAUCUAGAAACAAAUCUGAAAAGAAGCGUAGAGAUCAGUUUAAUGUUCUCAUUAAAGAACUGGGAUCCAUGCUUCCUGGAAACGCUAGAAAGAUGGACAAAUCUACUGUUCUGCAGAAGAGCAUUGACUUUCUACGGAAACAUAAAGAAAUCACUGCACAGUCAGAUGCUAGUGAAAUUCGACAGGACUGGAAACCUACAUUCCUUAGUAAUGAAGAGUUUACACAAUUAAUGUUAGAGGCUCUUGAUGGGUUUUUUUUAGCAAUUAUGACAGAUGGAAGUAUAAUAUAUGUGUCUGAGAGUGUAACUUCAUUACUUGAACAUUUACCAUCUGAUCUUGUGGAUCAAAGUAUAUUUAAUUUUAUCCCAGAAGGGGAACAUUCAGAGUUUUAUAAAAUACUCUCUACCCAUCUGCUGGAAAGUGAUUCAUUAACUCCUGAAUAUUUAAAAUCAAAAAAUCAGUUGGAAUUCUGUUGCCAUAUGCUUCGAGGGACAAUAGACCCAAAGGAGCCAUCUACUUACGAAUACGUGAGAUUUAUAGGAAAUUUCAAGUCUUUAAACAGUGUUUCCACUUCAGCACAUAAUGGUUUCGAAGGAACCAUACAGCGUACACAUAGGCCUUCUUAUGAAGACAGAGUUUGCUUUGUAGCUACUGUCAGGCUGGCUACACCUCAGUUCAUCAAGGAAAUGUGUACGGUUGAAGAACCUAACGAAGAAUUUACCUCUAGACAUAGUUUAGAAUGGAAGUUUCUCUUUCUAGAUCACAGGGCACCACCAAUAAUAGGAUAUUUGCCAUUUGAAGUUCUGGGAACAUCAGGCUAUGAUUACUAUCAUGUGGAUGACCUAGAAAAUCUGGCAAAAUGUCAUGAACACUUAAUGCAAUAUGGGAAAGGUAAAUCAUGUUAUUAUAGGUUCCUGACCAAAGGACAACAGUGGAUUUGGCUUCAGACUCACUAUUAUAUCACUUAUCAUCAGUGGAAUUCAAGGCCAGAGUUUAUCGUUUGCACGCACACUGUAGUAAGUUAUGCAGAAGUAAGGGCUGAAAGAAGACGAGAACUUGGCAUUGAAGAGUCUCUUCCUGAGACAGCUGCUGACAAAAGCCAAGAUUCUGGGUCUGAUAAUCGAAUAAACACAGUCAGCCUCAAGGAAGCAUUAGAAAGGUUUGAUCAUAGCCCAACCCCUUCUGCCUCCUCCCGGAGUUCAAGAAAGUCAUCUCACACGGCAGUCUCAGACCCUUCCUCAACUCCAACAAAGAUCCCCACGGACACCAGCACUCCUCCGAGGCAGCACUUGUCAACCCAUGAAAAGAUGGCGCACAGGAGAUCAUCAUUUAGUAGUCAGUCCAUAAAUUCCCAGUCUGUUGGUCCUUCAUUAACACAGCCAGUGAUGUCUCAAGCUGCAAGUUUACCAAUUCCACAAGGCAUGUCUCAGUUUCAGUUUUCAGCUCAGUUAGGAGCCAUGCAGCAUCUGAAGGACCAGUUGGAGCAACGGACACGGAUGAUAGAAGCAAAUAUUCAUCGGCAACAAGAAGAACUGAGGAAAAUUCAAGAACAGCUGCAGAUGGUCCAUGGUCAAGGGUUGCAGAUGUUUUUGCAACAGUCAAACCCUGGAUUGAAUUUUGGUUCUGUCCAACUUUCUUCUGGAAAUUCAUCUAAUGUCCAGCAGCUCACACCUGUAAAUAUGCAAGGCCAGGUUGUUCCUGCUAGCCAGAUGCAGAGUGGACUGAGUGCCGCUCACAUCGGCACAAGCCAGCACCUGAUGCAGCAACAGACUUUGCAGAGUGCAACCGCUCAGCAGGGCCAACAGAAUAUACUGAGUGGGCACGGUCCGCAAACGUCUCUUCCCAGUCAGACACAGAGCACUCUCACAGCCCCUCUGUACAACACCAUGGUGAUUUCUCAGCCUGCAGCCGGGAGCAUGGUCCAGAUUCCAUCCAGUAUGUCCCAGAACAGCACCCAGGGUGCUGCAGUAACCACAUUCACUCAGGACAGACAGAUAAGAUUUUCUCAAGGUCAGCAACUUGUGACCAAGUUAGUGACUGCUCCCGUAGCUUGUGGGGCGGUCAUGGUACCUAGUACUAUGCUCAUGGGUCAGGUGGUGACUGCCUAUCCUACUUUCGCCACACAACAGCAGCAGGCGCAGACAUUGUCGGUAACCCAGCAGCAGCAACAGCAGCAGCAGCAGCAGCAGCAGCAGCAGAGUACCCAGGAGCAGCAGCUUCCUUCAGUUCAGCAGCCAUCUCAGGCUCAGCUGACCCAACCACCACAGCAGUUUUUACAGGCUUCUAGGCUGAUCCACGGGAACCCUUCAGCUCAGCUCAUCCUCUCUGCUGCGUUUCCACUACAACAGAGCACCUUCCCUCAGUCACAUCACCAGCAGCACCAGGCCCAGCAAGCGCAGCAGCUGGGUCGGCACAGGACGGACAGUCUGACCGAUCCGGCUAAGGCUCAGCCGCAGUAGCACGCGUGCUUCCUCUCUGAUGCCGAGGGAGGAAGGGGAUGGCCCAGAAAGACUUGCUCAGAUGAACUGAGGACAGGAAGAAAAGUUGCAGCAGAUUCAUGCAAUGCAGUGUUGAAUGUUCUAGUUCCUGGAUUAGUCGGCAGGGAAAAUGCUGCCUAGCGAUACAACUGUACAUUAAAUACCAGCCAGCGCGAAGACAGUCGGAGGGAUGUAGCCAAUUCUGACAGGGUUUCAGUUGCCCAGAUAUUUUUGAUGGGAAAAGAGUAUAUUGCCAAAUGUUAAGAAACUCAGCUAUGGAAUGAUCUCUGUCAAACGAAAAGGCACUAACGAUGUUAGUAACCUCUAGUGGUUCUGUGCCUGUUACCUAGUGUUACGGAGGACACGUCACUGCCGCGUUGUCUGCUUACAGUGAUGCCAUGAAGGUAGUCCAGGAGUCAAGUGUCCCCCGUCCCGCACCUUCUCCCUUUUCACAUGAUGGGACUGUAGUUACUUGCAGAUGUUGUGUGGGUUCGAGUGCUGUAUGUACAGAUACUGUAAAACUAUGUAUAUGCCUGGAGGAAGGAGAGAAAGCAAACCACGUGUGCGCUGCAUGGAAGCAUUAACUCCUCUUACGCGUACACUUCAGUAGACUAGCGCACCACGUACAGACUGAGGCGUCAGCCUGUUUCCCUUCUGUUUACAACACAGUAGUGUUCUACCACUUUUCCGGGGCACAAGUCUUUUGUUCAUACUUUGGCUGUGAUGUCACAGUUUGUUCAGUGAGGUAUGAUGUGCUGCUGGGAACGGAUCUCUUCUUUUUUCAGGUUAAAUUAUUGAUACAACAGGAUUUUCAAGUUAUCAUAAAUAUCCCUCAUUUCAUUAUUUUUCAGUUAUGUUUGAAAAUAGGAUUUGCACUGCUUUUCUUUAGAUGGUUGGGAGUUAGAUCACAUAUUUUGAUGUAUUUUAUAGUUGGAAAUAUUUAUAUAAAUGGUUUCCAACAAGUCUGAAAGUAAUUUCAAGAAUGUUUCAGUUAUAGGAGUAAAGUUUGCACAUAAAAGAUUUAGGCACUUUUUAACGUUCUCAAUGGUGAGAAUUUUAACUUUCAAGAUUUGUUGGAAUCUUUUUAUUAUCCUUCACAAUUUCAAUGCUUCUUUUAGUCAGAAAUGAUUCAGGGUUAUUGGAGGGGGAAAAAACCCAUAGUGCCUUGACGUUAAUUCAGGUGAUGAAUCACCAUCUUGAACUCACUGUCUGGUUUCAGUAGCAGUUUUGAAACCUUAGUACAUUUUUAAUAGCAUGUGGGUGUCUGUGUCAUCAUUCUGCUCAGUUCCUAUGAAGACUGCUGUCCUUUGAACUGGAGGACAGAUAAAUAAAAUACGACAGCCGAAUGCUAUCACAGUUGUUAACGUGAUCCCAGGUAGUUUCCUCAGUUAGCAUCUUCCUUGAAAGCUAAAUAAUCACUUGAGUAAAUAUUUGCUCAAUGUGAUGUUGAUAUUCCUACAAAACGGGUGUAGGAAUUGGCUUUGCUGUCGUUUCAACACCAGAAUAUUGUAACUCACAUGCUUUCUAAAGACGCACUAAGAUUUCACCUGGCAAUAUUGCGUUCUAAAGGUAAGAAAUUCCAACACGUCACAUAUACUUAAAAAAGCAUUUUUUAGAUUUUAUGGUACUAGUAAUGAACUUUACAAGUACAGAACAAAAGAUUAGGAAAAUUCCUUAUUCAGAUAUGGAAAACUAUUACUGAGAAGAGAGAGAAUAAGCAUAAGAAACCAAAAUUGACCUUAAAAUGGAUAAGAGAGCUGAGGUUGCUAAACAGAAAAGGUUCUGAGCAAUGAAGAAAGGUAAUGCAGAGUGCUAAGGGCUUGGGAAUGCGAAGGCAACUCUUGUCUUCGGCUUUGCUCUCAUCCUUAAGGGAUAUUCUGUUUUUCUAUUUAAAAAACUAUCGCUGGUCAGAAUUACAUUAGAAAAUAAAUUAGAAAACAACCAAAGAAAAUUGGUACCUACUCUUCUACAAAAGAAGUAUGACUAGAUACCAGUCAGUAAUUAACAUAUCAUGAAAGUGUUCUUCUAGCUAAAUGAUCACCCAGAAGAUUCCCAGCGGCCGGGGGGUCACCCGUCCGUGUGCACUGAGCGCAGAGGUGCUCGGCCGAGGUACAAGACCGCAGCAGCGUUGCUCUUCUCCCCUCCCACACGGCCUUUCUCAGCCUUCCGCCAUUCCUUAUGCUGUGUAUCUGCGUUGUGCCUCAUUUCUUUGUUGGCAAUAUCUGGGGAUAAGGGUUUAGCUAACGAAAAGAUAGGAGGAGCAUUACAUUACGGCGUAUCUUCUGAGUGCCGUACUCAGAAGAAAGAUCAUGGACUGAAUACUGUGUGCUUCACGACAGCAAAGCCGAAGCCAAGCCACAGGUGAAUUAGCGCAAAUCCACAUCCUCCUGCCCCUGCGCCUUCAAAUCAUUUCCAUCCUCACAGAUACCUGGGAAAUUUAAACCAAUUUUUUCUUUAUAAUUCUUCUGUUCUUCACAGUUCAUCUUUUUCCUAUGUGAAACUAGUGUAGGUAAAUUUUAAAAAGCACCUAGCUGCUUGUCCUUUGCUGUCUGUGGAGGAUUUUGUGCGGAAGCCCAGUCAGCGCGGGCUGCCUCCCCUUCACCUUUGUGUCCUCCUGCCGUGCGGGGAGCGUUCGGACGAAGACUCCGCAGUGGCCUGUUCUUCAUUCAUUUCUGCAGCCAAAGUUCCUUCAAAUCCCAAAUCUAAAACCAUGAAAAGAUACCAAAUAGGAACACCUUUCAGCUUCUUCGAAGUCUUCGCCCCAUGUUACUCCCAAGGGGAUUUAGUUCUUUUUAGAAGCUCUUCUUUCUGGGUGGCGCUUCAUAAAAGGAAUAAUGCUAGCUGCUCUGCGAUCACCUUGCUUUGGACUGCUGAGGCCUGGGACGAGUGGGCGUCACUCGUCAGGGAUGAGACCAGCUCACUGCUGCUGAGCGGUGUCAGACUGGAACCCACACGCUGGAGUACUUUUUUUUCUGAGUGGAAAGUAACGGGAGGAAGAGCAGAUGUGCUGGGUGGGGGCGGCAUGUAAGCGCGUACUAGUGUCCAGACUUCAUCCUCCGCUCGGGAGGUUAUUUCAGUGCUGUGCUCUGCUUUGUCGGUUAGAUGUGGCUUGGGAAGGCACAGUAACAAAAGGGUGCCGGUGAAUCGGGAUGCUCGUUCCAGUCAGGAUUCCUUAGAGGUGCGAUACAGUGGUUGGUCAUUGCCUUAAAGCAGUCUCCUGAAGCCGGGAGCGCUGAAGCAGUCCAGCUCCGCAGAGGGCAUUGUGUUGAAGGGAGGUGAACCCUUGUGCAAGAAGCCUUAGCGAGGAACCCUUAAAAUAGUAGUCUACACAGGCGGGAAUGCUUUUCAACUGAGUAUUACUCCAUGUGUGUGGAAACGUUCCCACUGUGUCGAGACAAACUUGUAAGUGGAACGCAGAUGGCAUUUUACUUGCGUAUUUUUCUUUUCUCUUUGGUGACGGAAGGUUUGUUGAACGUUUGUGUGAAACUCAUUCAAAUCUGUAACCUUUCCAACAUCUGUGGUCCUGUUUUUAGUGCCACAGGAAUCCACAGAAGGUAUAAACACUGGAUAUUAAUAUUGCUGAGUGCAUCUAGCCAGGAGUAAGCUGGUGGGAACAUUGCAUUGGUGAAGAAACAGCACAAAGGCACUUGCCAUUUUAAUAUACAAUACAGUAACUGCAGAAGACCUUUUAAGUUUGUCUAGAUGGGGUGAGCAUUUGAAGUAAUUGCAAAGGAAAAGAGUUGACUAUUUUUAUAGCAUAUUUAAUAUAUUUGUAUAUGAGUAUAGUAGGACCCCUCCACACGCCUCCCUCUUUUCUAAUUUCCAACCCCCUUUUGCCAUAGCCCUAGCAUAGCCUCAUCCGCGUGGUAAUGUGCCUAUCGUCAGCCUACCAAAAGAUAGUGCUGCUGCUUUUGAGACAGGUGAGAAGACCAGACUCUCACGCCCGGGGAUCCGUUACGGGAGGGUUAGCACACACACACAGCAACACACCGCAGUUUAAAAGCAUCAUUUUGAAAUGUAAGAAGCACUUUAUUGCAAUUACUCAUUUUGAUAAAGUUUAUUAUCUUAGGCAUUAACCAUUCCUAAAGGAUCCCCAAAUCAUCACUUAGGUGAAAUUAUAAAAUGACAUUUCUGAGAAAUGUUCAGAUCCAGUGAACCGUAGCAGGUUUAUGGGAGUGAUUUCAAGGUAGCCAAAUGAACUCUCUCGUUUGAAUGUGGUGGAGUCGACUGUAGAUGCCUAGUUCCGUGAAACACUAUUGUAAACCUUUCUUGCCUAUUGUGUGGACACCAAAAGAGACCAAUGAGCCUGUUUAUUUUCAGAGGUCUAGGAAAAUUGCCUCCAUGGGAGUAGAUGUGCGGAACUGACCUAAAAGUGAUUGGUAGUAAUGUUUUAGAAUAGUUUUCAAGAAUUACUGAGUGUUUUAAAUGUGCCCUGAAAUGUUGGCAUGUCAUUUCAGCAUUUCCAUUUGAUUUGCUUUUGUAAUGUUUUAGCACAAAAAGGACUGAGCUGUCUACUUUGGCUGAAGAAAAAAUAUAUAAUUUGGUCUUAUUUUAAUGUCUCCUCUGGAAACACUGGGGGUGAAUUAUGUUGGUAUAGUCAUUGAUUCAGGAUAUUCAAGUGUUGAACAGAGCACAAGAAAUUAAGUGAACUUGGAUAUUUAAAAAUUAAAAAACUUUUUUUCCACGUGACUGUUUUGCAUUUUUUCCCCACUGUCAUGACACUACAUUCCUUGUUCUUCUGAAAGAAUACUUUGCAGGUUUUGAGUAUGUCAGUGUUUUUGUGAGCUGCCUGGGUUUUCCAGGGAAACGUUCUUAGUGAAGUAGGAAUAGUUAGUUUCUGAGACUAAGUGAGGUUCUAUCACCACCACCACCAGCAAACACUGAGGUGCUGCAUUGUGACAAUCAAAGUAGUAGUUGAGAGAAUUUAGAGUGGUUGAAAGAAGCAAUUGCAUUGAAAGCAGUUCUCUGGGUUUCUUGAAUAAAACGGCUAAAUGUGUUUAUUUAUAUUUUUAAGUAUGUUCGCAUUUUUCUCUUGGUGAUUUCAGCAUUGUGUGUGUAACUGUGGCUUUGUUUGCAUCAUCUUGUAAUUGGAGAACUGACUUCCUUGGGGCGGACGUGCCUGCUUGCUGACCCCACGGACAGUCCAAGUCCGCCUCUCAGGAUGGCAGUGGGGGCCAGAUCCAGACGCCCCUGCCCUUUCCUCCUCUUCUCAACUCGCUUAAGAAGAAAAUGUUGAAGAGCUAGCUCCUUUCAGCUCUGCUUCACAGAGCUCCACCCUUUUUCUAUGCUCACUUGCUGCCUUCUCUACUUGAUGGGCACUUUCUGUUGAACACUUCCCGGCACAGCCAAGGCCAGUAGGCAGAACCUGUGUGGCUCACGCGGCCUCCGUUUUGCCCAUUUCGGGGAAUGUCAGCGUCAUCUAAUGGCUGUCCUUACCAUAUCCAUAUUAAAGUCCUUACAGGUGGAAAGCUUACAGAGAGCUGGCUGUCUUUAUACAGUUGUAGCAUUCUUUUAAAAAGCAAAACCAAACCUCCGCACAUAGCGCUGUCCAAUAAAGCAGCGCUUGAGCGUUUGAAGCCCAGACAGCGGAGGAUCCUUGCUCGCACUGUGCAACCUAAUCCUCCGCUUCGGGGCUCCGGAGCCGCUGAGGCCCGCGGGCCAGGCGAGCGCACGCGAGGAGCCCCGAGAGGACGGUAACUAAAACACGCCAGCCACAGGGUAGAGUUAACGCUGUAAGGAAUGUCUAACUCGAGAACUUACUGGAAGAAAUGCUGUUUUCAAAUAUAUGCAUUUAAAUCCGAGGAAACAAACUGUGACAUCGCUUUAAGAAAUGUUCUGUGUGUUCUAAGUUGGCCUGUGCUGGCACGAGGCCACUGCUGGCAGUGGUUGUACCAGUACUAAGUUACAAUGUAGGAAAAGCUGUUAUCUUCAAAUUGAUGUAUCACAGACAAUCAUCUUUAAGCAAAAAAAUAUAUAUUGUCCAGGAAAUGUCCUUUUUUAAGAUGUCAGCCGGAACAGCUGUAAUUUUAACCCUUCCAGAACUGCUGAGAUCUGUUAUACCAUCACGUUUCGGUCGGAGGCCCCAGCACGGCACUCCCACGCUCGCUCUGUGUAAAAACUGAAGCCCAAAGACAAGUGAAACCAGUGCUGUGUUGAAGUUAGUGCAAAGUAAGGGAGUUUUAUCUUUGUAAGUUCUUCAUUGUUAACAUCAGUGGAUAGUUGUACAAACAUGCACCAAAUGUGUUCUGAUGUUGUGUGUGGCUGUUCGUGUGCCGUUCGCCCUCGCUGCUUGGUUCUUGGUUUUAAGAAUCAGGGUAGCCGCCGUCCUUCCUCCCAAAGUGUGGAGCUGAACACGGCUGCUGACCUUGAGAAUGCCCUUUUCUUUCUUCCUAAAGCAAACAAUUGGAACCUAAAUUAACUUAUGAAAGCAAGCACUCGCGUUUUUCAAGUAUGACCUUCUGCCAAAACCCUAAAUUGCAUAGCCGCGUGAAGGGUACCGGAAUGGUUUUAACGGUGCUAUAUUAGGUUCUCCGAUGUUCACGAGCUGUCCGGAGAUACAACAGUAUAUAAAAUAUGUGGCUCUUAUGACCAGCUUACUCUUGUCACUUUAAUUUGGUGUUACCAUUGAUUAAACUUCGUUUUCAAAGCUAUCCUUUGAGAAGUCAAAAUGUGUUCUUAGCCUACCUCCACUUGGGCCUCUUGAGAGCGAUCACUUUUCCAGGUUAUGAUGUGCAUAGCUUUUGAAAUAUCUAUGUACUAUUACAAUUCUCUUUUCCCAUAGACUCCUGUAAUGUAUUCAGACCCUAAAGUUAUUGCAAAAGAGCCAAGCAGUAGUAUUGUGGGGUUUUUUGUAAAUGUAAAAUACUUAGAUCCAGACUUUGUUUCCUUCUUCAAUUUUAAAAAUAAAAAAUACCUCAGUGCUAUGUUUUUCAGUAUCACCUGCCUUUCUCCAAAAGUAACCCCUGCGUUAUGUGGCACAUAACUUGUAAGAAUCACAUUUUGGAUUUUAAAGAAAGACUAUUAAAUAUUUUAAAAUCACUAUCAA